UAAAACAAUAAGAAUAAAAGGAGUAAAUAGAGUGAGCGAGAGACAGUGAUGAUGAGGCGACAGCCAGAAUUAGAGAGCGAGACGCUAGUGGAAGCGGCGCUAAGGGUACUUAACACAGGGGACCCAUUCGAGAAGGCAAAGCUAGGCGAUUUAGUGGCUUCUAAAUGGCAACAAGGGUCCAUUUUUCAGGCUUACAACCCUUCCCUCGACUUCCCCGUACCCGAUCGCCGCGCCAGGCUCGCUAAUGUAAGGUUGGUUUCACCAAGUUUGAUGCCAAAGCUUGGGAAAGCUGGUAGCUUGCAGAGUAGGCAGGCUAUUGUGCAUAGUCUUGUGCAUACUGAAAGUUGGGCUAUUGACUUGUCUUGGGAUAUAAUUGCUCGGUUUGGUAAGCAAGAGGGAAUGCCAAGAGAGUUCUUCACGGAUUUUGUGAAGGUUGCGCAAGACGAGGGCAGACACUUUAAUCUUCUUGCAAAACGGCUUGAAGAAUUGGGUUCUUCUUAUGGGGCUUUACCAGCUCAUGAUGGCUUGUGGGACUCAGCCAUUGCUACUUCAAAGGACCUUUUAGCUCGUUUGGCAAUAGAGCAUUGUGUUCACGAGGCCAGGGGACUUGAUGUGCUGCCAACAACCAUAUCUCGAUUCCGCAAUGGAGGUGACAACGAAACAGCCGAUUUAUUGGAGACAGUAGUUUAUCCAGAAGAGAUAACCCAUUGUGCAGCUGGAGUGAAGUGGUUUAAGUAUCUAUGCUUGAGGUCUAAAACUCCAGCUUUAAGUAGAGACAACUUGUCAUCUGAAGAAAAUGGAGACAAGGAAACUGAAAUUUCUACGGAGGGGAAUGAAGAGGUGAUUCAGAAAUUUCAUGCUAUAGUGAGAACUCACUUCAGAGGACCAUUGAAGCCUCCCUUUAACGAGGAAGCAAGGAAAGCUGCUGGAUUUGGUCCUCAAUGGUAUGAACCUCUAGCUGUCAAAGAGGUCCAGAAUAAUCCUAUUAUUUAAUUCACUGAGCAAUGUUCUGAGGAUAGUGAUUCUGUUUCCAAAAAUUCCUUUGGACUGCAGCAAACACGUAUUUCAAGUCUCAUGUGCCCUGACCCUGAUGUGGGAUUAAAGGUA